AUGUCGACCCCUGGCUCCAGCACCCCUGGGCCCGGCACCCUGGUACCUACAGCCGGAAGUGUCCCAUCGCCAUCGGGCUCGGUGCCGGGAGCCGCUGCCCCUUUCAGACCCCUGUUUAACGACUUUGGACCGCCCUCCAUGGGCUAUGUGCAGGCAAUGAAGCCACCUGGAGCCCAGGGCUCCCAGAGCACCUACACGGACCUGCUGUCGGUCAUAGAAGAGAUGGGCAAAGAGAUCCGGCCUACCUAUGCUGGCAGCAAGAGCGCCAUGGAGCGCCUGAAGAGAGGCAUCAUCCAUGCCCCGGCCCUAGUCAGAGAAUGCCUGGCAGAGACAGAGCGGAACGCCCGCACGUAACAGGACGCAACUCCGCCACCGAGUCUGGACCUUUCCUGGCCACUGCAGAGCACCUGCUUCUCCCUGGCCUUCACCCCGAGUUGCACUUCCCAACCUGGGCUUCCUGUCCUGUGUCCCUUGGUGGGUGCCCUCCAGGAACCAGGGGGGCUCUCACUUCAGUCGA